UAUUCAGCUUUAGUUGGUGAGCACAAUGUGGGCUCUAAAUGAAGAAGAAAACAUGGACACAUCCGACACGCCAUGGCAUUGGUAUUUCCAGGCAGAUUGUGGGAGGUGGCACAGAUUUGAGGAUGAUCCCAGUAAUGGUGUCAGGAGUGAGGAUAUAGAGAAGUUUUAUUUGAAUGAUGAAUCCUUCAUGGUUGUAGAUGCAGGCAGCUAUGUGAGCAAAAUAGAUUUUUCAGUGAUGCUACAGACGGACCUCACCACAGGAAAACAGAGAAGAAUCCAACGCAACUUUAAUCUUGAGAAUAGGUGUUCCUGUUUCUGUUCUCCACCUGUUAGCUGGGAACAUUUCGAUGCCACAGCUCCUUACCAGCUGAUCCCACUGGAUAAAUGCACCCCAGAGUAUCAGGAUGUGGCUCAUUAUAUGACACAUGAUGGACUCCUGAAUAAGACCAUAGUAUCAAUAACAAGGAUACAAAACCUGGACAUCUGGGAAAUGUAUUGCAGAAAAAAGAAACAACUAAUGAGGCUUCGGGGCACCAACAGCAUUCAAGAAAGGCGGCUUUUCCACGGCACUGACAGUAAAAAUAUUGCCAGCAUUUGCACAAAUAACUUUGAUUUACGGUUGGCUGGACAGCAUGGGAAACUUUAUGGCAAAGGGAUAUAUUUUGCCACUUGUGCAUUCUAUGCAGACGUAUACUGUGCCACCAGGAUAGCUCCAACAAACGGUAAACUCACUAAAGUGCUCUUUCUUGCUCGGGUGAUUGUUGGGAAAUCAAAACUUGGAGAGUUUUAUUUCUGUAAACCAGAUCAUGGAAGUCUUGAAAAUUUUCACGACAGCUGUGUGGAUGAUCUCGACGAUCCCAUGAUAUUCAUCAUAUUUGAUCCAAAUCAGAUAUAUCCGGAAUAUCUUAUUGAGUAUGAACUUUAGUCUGUUGAGGAGAGUUUUUACAGGAAAAGCUCCACACAUUUCAAAUGAAGCCCAGAUUUAAUAAUUUAAAGUGGAGACUAUUUUUAUAACAAA